UGCGUCUCCCUGCCCUAACUCCCCAAGAACGAAUAUUUCUCCAAAAAUUCAUCAAGCUUAAAUGAUAUUUGUGGAUUAUGCACACAUGGCAGCUAAAAGUCAAGUAGUUUAUUGGGAGUAUAGAAUAUAUAUAUAUGUUUGGUUAUACAUGCGAGAAGUCUAGAAAUGGAAAUGGGAUAGGGCAGGGCAGGGCAGCACGAAGUGCUAGUAAGGCAGUAGGGACGGAGCUAGAGUACCGAGAGCAGGUGUUUCAAUUCAAAAAUGGACCCGAACCCAAGCGGAUCACGCCAAGAAAUUCAGGAAGAGAUUUAGGAGCCUUAUGACGAGUCGCGCUUCAUGUCUGCUUCAUGUGAGUGCCGAUAUUUGGACGACCUCGUCCAUAAAAAGAUCAUUCCUGAAAAGGGGAUCCUUGAGGAUAAACUGGCCGAAAAGCUUCCUGACUUCCAUGCCCGGCUUUAUUCAUCCGGAUGGUCCUGUUUCAUCGCCACUCCUUGCGAGGCCAAUGAAAUGUGGGUUCGCGAGUUCUACGCCAAUCUUAGGCGUACGAACUUUGACGAUCCACAAAUCAUAAUCAGAGGACGAAUGGUGAGAUUUGGGAUUGAAUACAUCAAUGACACCCUUGGAAUCCCAAACUUGGAGCCGGCACAAGAGAAAAAUAACUGUGAUAAUGGAGAGUGGCUCGUAUCCAAACUUUUCCCUCCGCACUUGAGGGAGAAACGGGGAAACAAAAGAAAGGGGCUGAAAUCAAUUGACUUCACCGCCGAGGCCAAAAGGUGGCUGCAUAUCAUCAGUAACAGAGUCUGUCCAUGUUGAAAUGUCUCCGAUGUCUCCUACACCCGGGCACUGAUCAUAGCAUGCAUUCUAGAUGGUAUUCAGGUGAAUGUGGGGUACUUCAUUCUUCAGGAGAUGAGGCAGUACUUGAGAGAGUACUCGAGAGAGAAGGAUGCAGGGUUGAUGUUCCCCUCACUGAUUACAAGACUAUGCACCCGAGCAGAGGUUGCCAUCUGCCCCACCGAUCGUUGGUUGCCAGCUGACAAACCUUUCCACCCCUUGAGAGUGACCGGAGAGGGAACUGUGGUCAAAAGCAAAAAGAGGAAAGUCACUUCCACAGCCACAGGUUCAGAGUCAGCCCCUCAAGGGCCAUUCGGGAUACUUAACUCCGAGCUUCAAUCAAUUAAGGAGUUAGUAUCGCAGCUUCCGAGUGUGCCCUCCUCCUCACAGCCUGGCCCUUCUUACUUCUCCAGGGAAGAUAUGCAGGGUUACUUGGAUGCUAAAAAACGCCAGGAAGAGAACAUGAAGAAAAUGACAGCAUCAGUGACCAAACUGGAGGGAGCCUAUGCCACUUUGGCCAAGGCCCAUGCUGACCUUCAGGCGAACUUUCAGAAGGAGAAGAAGAAGAACAAGAAAAAGAACAAAUUCAUGGUCAAGAUGUGGAGAGGCAUCAAAGCCAUUUUCAAGUGGGGACAACCAGAUGCAAAGAUUCCAGUGGCAGCAGAAGACGAUAGUGCGGAGUAUUCAUUCCUUUCACAGUCUGCUAGUGAUGGUGGCGAUGAUGAUGAUGAUGAUGAUGAGGAGACAGAUGAUGAUGGAGCCACGAGUGCAGCUCAGCAUUGAUCAGCCGUCCUCCCACAGUCUGCUAGUCUGAUGCAUGACUGAUGCAGACCUCAGGGAGACCCUCAAACUUUUUACGCUUUAUAUUCUAUAUUGUGCAGUGAGGACACUGCAAUGUUUUAGUUGGGGUGGCAUUGUGUACUGUAUUCAUAUUUUGAGAUUAUGUGCCCUUGCCGGGCUUAUGUUUAUGUUGUGGAUACUGUAUGCCCUCGCCGGGCUUGUGAUUAUGUUGUUCUGUACCUUGUGUGCCCUUGCCGGGCUAGUAUAUGCAGCAGGUGCCCUUGUCGGGCUUGGUUUGA